AUCCAAAAGUUUACUACUUUUAAACAGAACAAACUUGAACUAAAUGUAUAUAACUAAAUGUUUAACACCUUGGACCCAUCGACACUUUAUUUGUAUGUGUGUAAAAAAUAUCAGAUUUAUUUUUUUUAAAGAAAGCAGGAGUAUAGAUCUGGAUCUAUAAAAAACUGAAUACGUUAGUUUUAAAUUUAAAUUAUCCCCGAGACGACCUUUGAGUGUCCUGUCCACAGAAAAUGGAAAAUUGUAAACAAUUAUAAUAACUUCUUCGCUAAAAGCUAGUUUAAUCCGAUCGGAUAAUUUGAAUAAUAAUCAACUGUCUAUUACAAACUAAUCCAUGAAUAUUGUUGGCGUAUCUAAGCUUGGCAAAACAGCAAUGAUUAAUAACAAUUCUGUGAUAGAAUUUUAUUUUGCGCAGGCAUCCCUAUAAACAAAGCCCUAUCGAAACCAUUCUGGCGCGGUGUGGGGUAAUAAGUUGUCUGAUGAUAUAUAUAGAUCUAGAAAGUUUUUGAUAGCCAAAUUGUCACAUUUUGGUGGCAUACAUUUAAAGCAUGCCAUUAAAAAAAUAUUGGACUAGAUCUAUAUGAUGACAACAACACUGCAAUGUCAAUUCAAUUGGGCUGGUAAACCAGGCUGGAAAGGGAACGGAGUGGCUAGAAGAGGAUUUCAACAUUGCCAACUUUGUUUAGUAAUUGCAGAUUCUGUUCGACGCACCAAAAACUUGGAAACACCCACUAACGAAGAAGUAUUUUCUUCGAUUAAAGUUUACCUGAGAAAUGCACGUGACAGGCAAGAUGGUGACAGGCAAGGUGGUAGACGUAUAAGACUGGAGACAGAUGCUGUUGGAGAGAUGGUCUGGCAUGGUGACAAUGGGUACAGCCUCAACUUCUUCUGUUUCAUUGUAAUUAGCCACAGCCCACAUUCUAGACAAUUAUUAUAAAUUAGUGUUUAAUAAAUAUGUAUGGUUACAACAUUCGUUUUCUGCUCCUAGCCUAAUUUUUUAAAUGACUUUUUUCAACGUUUAUAAUUAAAUUUAUUUUUUAAAUUUUUAUUUUCUGUUGUAGAUAAAUAAUUUUGUAAAAAUAAUUAUUACUUUUUUAUUAUAUGUAUAAAUAUUUUUAUUUUUGUGCAAAACAUUUUUUUUAUUCAGUUAUUAAAAUUUUAGAUUUUCUUUCUUUUUUUUUUGUACAUUUAUAUUUUAUUGUAUCCUUGAUGAUUGUAAGCUUUAAAUAUAUGUAAAUUUACAUAUUUAUAAUUAACUUUUUGUUUUUAACUUUAUUUUUAUUGUCUUAAAUUAGAGGUUAUGUUCAUUAAGCACACUGAUAUUGGUGUAUUUCUAUUUUAUUAUAUUAAAUACCAUUUUUGUUUGUGUCCAAAGUUUUUUUUCUCCUGUAUUUUUUUUUUUUAAAUCUCAGUCAAAAUUUCUAAUUUAAUAGUUUGAUGAAAAUAGUAGUUUUUCUUAAAUGAGACAUAACUUUUAACAUUACAUUUUUUUUUCUAUUUUACAGUUAUUUUUGUCUCACAUACAUUAAAAUUUUUUUUUCACUGUUUAAUUAAAUUUUGUAUUAGCUUUAUUAAGUUCGAAUUUUAUAUUACAAGUUUUAUUUGAUUCUGGCGUCAUCAUUUUUAAUAAUAAAUAAAUCUUUAA